AGGUGCUUAGUAUACGAAGCCUAAACUCUCCUCUGUCGAUAGUGUUAUGGCCUCCGUGUGCUUCACCUUGAUGGAGGCACAUGCGAAAACAUUAAUGUUGUGAGUGCAGCUGCCAGCGUUUCACUUUAACACGGAAGAUACACAAGGCUGUACAAUGGCAAAGUAUCUUGCUCAGAUUGUGGUAGUUGGAGUGCAAGUGGUGGGCCGGGCAUUUGCUCGAGCUUUACGCCAAGAGUUUGCGGCCAGCCAAGCUGCAGCAGAGGCGAGGGGGAGGGCAGGUAAGCAGUCUGCUGCAGCAUCCAGCUUCACUGGGAUGACCGUUCAAGAAGCCCAGCAGAUUUUGAAUGUCUCUACACUGAAACCAGAAGAAAUACAGACGAAUUAUGAACAUUUGUUUAAAGUCAAUGACAAAGCAGCUGGUGGCUCUUUCUACCUACAGUCUAAGGUGGUGAGGGCCAAGGAGCGCCUGGAUGAGGAACUACAAAUUCAGAAGCAAGAUCCUCUAGAACAGAAACAACAGCAACAGACAUGAGUCUUUUCAGUCAUUUCAGUUUUUCCUCUGUAAAUAAUGUUCUGGUUCCAUUAAAGCCUUGUCCUUUUCUUUA